CCCAAUACUUCAAGGGCUACCGAAACGCACACUCGACUUGCCAAUGGACGAAGGAAGCGUAAAAAGUCCUCCCAAAGUUUAUCGGUUUAUGGUGUAUCGCAGAUAGCGGUAAAAAAUGGCAUAAAAACUCGUUUAGAGCUGCUGGUGUUAGCACAAAAGCAAAAAAAUGAGGGGAAACUUGAAUUGGCGCAGUUCAUCGCGAAUCAUGGAAGUCGGGUAUUGGAUGAAGCGAUAGCUGUGGGUUGGGAAUUAGAAAACGCGGAGAGCACGUCGCAAAGAAGUAAAAUGACUAGAAUUGAGAUUUUGUACAGUAAAUUGGAAGGAGAGUGUGAGCCAGGGUGUGACGGCCAGUGGUUGCAAAUGGCAAAAGAAGUGUUAGAGCGGAACUCUAUUGAGGGAUGA